UCCACUCCCCUAGUUUUACGUUCACUUUUCCUCACUGAUCAGUCCAGCUCAGUGUUCCAAGUGCGGACUUACGAAGUCAAGUGACGGCAUCGCGAAGUACGCUGCAAAGAAGCAACUCGUUCAUCGUUAAAAAUGGUUAACCAAAUUGCUAGCUCGGCUGACCUGAAGGCCAAAUUGGCUGAGGCUGGAGGUACGCUGGUGGUCAUAGAUUUCUUUGCUACUUGGUGUGGACCGUGCAAAAUGAUUGCGCCAAAGCUCGAGGAAUUGUCCAAGGAACUCAAUGACGUCAUCAUCCUCAAAGUUGACGUCGACGAGUGCGAGGAUAUUGCCUUCGAGUAUGAAAUAUCGAGCAUGCCCACCUUCGUUUUCAUUAAAAAUUCUACCGUGCUGGAGUCAUUUGCCGGUGCCAAUUUCGACAAACUAAAAAGCACUAUUCAAAAACACAAGUGAAAAUCUUUAAAAAGAAAUCUAUUCCAUUAUUUUUAAUUGUAAACAAUGCUAAACACAAAUCAUUAUAUACACAUAUAUAUGUAUGAGUAU